UCAGUCUGCUGAAUCAAAACAAUGGCCGCCAGACAAGCUAGCACCGUACAUCUUGUAGUCUUUUAAGUUUUAAAAAGAACAGCUUAAGUCUCUUUGUAGGAACCCUUACAGUGAUGGAUAGAUAAUUCCAAAAGUGUAUAUUUGACAGAAGAAAAACAGCUGACAGGUCCCGCUUCUCGCUGACAAAAUGAGCGAUGUUGUGGAGAAGACCCUGACAGCUCUGCCGAGCCUGCUGUCUUUAGACUCUCAGCCUGGAUCUGCAAAACUGUCCUCCACCUCAAAACUAGGAAACCUCAUCAGAGGCAUCACAGAGUUGGCGUCCAAACAUGAGGAGGAAAAGCUUAUUCAGCGUGAGCUAACAUCGAUUAAAGAACAGGUGUCCUCUCCCAACACCUCCAUGAGGCAGAUGAAAGAGCUCAUGGUGAGAAGCAUCUACUGUGAAAUGCUCGGAUAUGAAGCUUCAUUCACCUACAUACAUGCCAUCAAACUGGCCCAACAAGGCUCUGCUCUGGAGAAGAGAGUCGGUUACCUUGCUGUGUCUUUGUUUCUGAAUGAAAGUCAUGAGCUGCUUCUUCUCUUGGUGAACACUGUAUUAAAGGAUCUUCAGAGCACAAACCUUAUAGAAGUGUGCAUGGCUCUAACUGUCGUCAGCCAGAUGUUCCCAAAAGAUAUGAUACCAGCGAUCCUCCCUCUGGUUGAAGAGAAACUUAAUCACCCAAAAGAGAUAAUCCGACGAAAAGCAGUCCUGGCACUGUAUAAAUUCUACCAAAUAGCACCAAAUCAAGUGCAACACAUCCACAACAAGUUUCGCAAAGCUCUGUGUGACAAGGAUCCUGGUGUCAUGACAGCUUCACUGCACAUCUACCUACAGAUGAUCCAGGAGAAUCCAGAAGGUUACAAGGACCUGGCGGCAAGUUUUGUCACCAUACUGAAGCAGGUGGUGGGAGGGAAGCUGCCCAUGGAUUUUAAUUAUCAUAGUGUUCCUGCUCCGUGGCUGCAGAUUCAGCUCCUCAGGAUACUGUCCUUACUCGGGAAGAAUGACCAGAGCACAAGUGAGAUCAUGUAUGAUGUCCUGGACGAGUCCUUGCGAAGAGCAGAGAUGAAUCACAACAUCACCUAUGCAAUAUUAUACGAGUGUGUAAAAUGUAUUUACACAAUUCACCCCAAAUCUGAACUUUUGGAAAAGGCUGCAAAAUGCAUCGGCAACUUUGUUCUGUCACAGAAGAUUAAUCUCAAAUAUCUUGGCUUGAAGGCCCUCACCUACGUGGUCCAGCAGGAUCCAAAACUGGCCCUGCAGCACCAGAUGACCAUCAUAGAGUGCCUCGAUCACCCUGACCUCAUCAUCAAGCGUGAGACACUGGAGUUGCUAUUUCGGAUUACGAACGCACAGAAUGUGACCGUCAUCGUGGAGAAGAUGCUGGAGUUUCUGCGGAUCAAUAAAGAUGACUACACCACCACUGACCUGGUGGGGAAGGUUGCAGAACUGGCGGAAAAAUAUGCACCAGACAAUGAGUGGUUCAUUGAGACCAUGAACACAGUGUUUUCAGUGGGUGGAGAAAUGAUGCAGCCUGACAUCCCCAACAGCUUCUUGAAACUGCUGUGUGAAGGAUUUGACAGUGAGGAGGAGGACAGGAAGUUGAGACAGUUUGCUGUGGAUUCCUACAUUUCUUUGCUGCAGGGAGAGCCCGGCAAGCUGCCUCAGCGCUUUCUCCAGGUCAUCAGCUGGGUCCUCGGUGAAUACUCAUAUCUAAAGGAGGAACUUGAAUCUGCCACAGUCCUGAGGCUGCUCACCAAACUGCUCGACUCAAAGAACACCAGCAGUGAAACCAAGAGCUGGGUGCUCAUCGCGAUGACCAAGCUGUGUGCGGGCGGGGCGGGUGUUUCUGUGGCUCAGGAGCUUUCUGAGGCGUACAGCAGCUCACUGGACACGGUACUGAGGCAGAGGGCUCAGGAGCUGCAGCACCUCAGCCAGGACUCAGAGAUACGGGCCAGGGUGCUGUCUCGAGACGGCCUGGACUCCCUGGAGGUGGAUUCCUCUCUAUCGUUUCUGGAUGGAUUCGUGUCAGAGGCGUUGGCUGCUGGCGCGGCUCCUUACAAGCCUCCUCACCAGCGGCAGGAGGAGCUCGCUCAGUCGAAAGCUCUGAGCCUGGAGCCGUACGGCUUGUCCCUGCCCAUCAGCAUGUCGGCAUGCAGCAUCACUGACAGACAGUCUCCCACACUGCUGUCCAUCAGCUCCGGUCUGUCAGGCGAUAGCACUGAUCUCUCACAUAAAGGAGGCUCUACUACUCUGAAGCUGGAUGGAGUGAAGCGGGUAUGGGGGAAGGAGGGCUACUUGGCGCAGAGGGAACUUUUAGAGGAGGCUGCCCAUGUUGAGAUGCCCAGUCCCCUCCGCUCACCCAUCCAGCAGGGAGAGGCUGAGGGGUCACACAGCCAGACUCCCACUCCUACACCGACCCCUGAGCCAGAACAGGAGAAACAGCAACUGGCCUCUUCACUGUUUGUCGGCCUGGGCUCCCAGAGCUCUGUGUGUCUGAUGGGGAAGUCUGAGCUGCCUCCUCAGCGUUUCAGGAGGAAAGCCAAAAGCCCAGGCUCGUCUUCAGGCUCCAGUGAGCUGUCAUCUAACUCCACUCUCUCUCCUCCGAGCACAGUGGAUAACUUACUGUGUAACAACCUCCUGGACUCAAACACCCCCUCAGAGCUGGAUGUUCCUUCACCAGAGCCUCCACCACAACUCUCUCAGGACCUCAGCACUGCAAACGGCACCUGUGAUGUGGAGUUAACCGACACUGACUUGAAGGAGAGCGAGCCCACUCUCAUUAGGGACAAUGGCGUGCUAGCUACUGAAGACCUGGACAAACCCAGGGACUUGUGUCUCAGUUCUCAUCUUCCUGCAGAGCUCUCUGGACUCUGCUGCUCAGAAAUCACUCAUUUGUGCUCCCACCAAAGCCUCCAACUCUCAACCUGUCAUGUUCAGAGAGACAAAUCUGUAGUGUUAGUGGUUUUUAUUUAUAACUCCUCUGACUCUGACGUUCAGCAGAUACUACUCAAGCUGGACUCGGAUCAACUUGAGGUGUUGUGUGUGUGUGAGAGUCCAGUCAAGGAGGUGAGAAGUGACAGUGUAGCUGUGUGUCAGUACACCCUGACUGUCAGGAGGCCUUCAGUCCAUGUCGAAGUAGCAGGGAUGGUGUCUUACAUGUCUCCUUCUGGCACGCCUCAGUCAGUUCAGUUCUCAUGCAAGCUGCCUCUAACCAGCUUCAUCAGACCUCUGACGGUGUCCACAGAGGAGUACGGGGCAAUGUGGCUGGAGUUCUCUAACGACACAAAGCAGAACUUGACGCUAAUCGGUGACGGUCGUGAAUCUCUCACAGCCACUCUGAAUGUGCUGAAGAAGAAACUGCAGCUUCAUGUGGUGGAGAUUAUAGGUAUGGAGGGUAUUGUAGCUUGCCGGCUUCUCCAAGAUCAUCCGUGUCUGAUGCACUGUCGUGUCCAUGCUGGAACGCUGGCUGUGUGGCUUCGCUCCCCAGUCGCUGACCUUCCUGACUGCCUGAUCUAUCACUGUCAGCGAGCUUUACAGGAGCACUGAGGUCCCCCUCUUCUCGACCGUAACACCCCCACUGACACCACUGAGCAUGAUGACCACCUGACCCCUUCACCUGCUGAGGAGGAGGAGGUACAUAGAGCAGCAGUGCAGAACCGUACAGGACACAGAGCAGUUGCAGUGUUUACCGUUAGUUUAUCUCUGCCAGUAUAAAUUACACAGUCUUUCUUUUCUUUAUCUGAAUGAAAGUUAUUUAUUUUUCACUGUUGUUUGAAGGUCACGGCUCGUGAUAACCUCAGGGCCAAAAGAUUGUGUUUUUAUCCUUCUGAGGAUGCUUCAGAAUAACACUCAUGUCUUAAAAUGAUGACAGGGCUCUGUAAUGACUUGAAAACUUCAAUGAUUGAAACACUGUUUGUGUGUGAAAUGAAUACAGAUUUGUUCUGUGUAUGUUAUUUGAGUGAAGAUGAAAUCAUGAAUAUCCAGAGGUUGUUUUGUUUUGUUUUGUUUUGUUUGUUUUUUUUGCAUCCUAGGUCUGAAUGCUUGCUAACAAGAAAGAUAAGGUACGCUUUCUUGUUUUUGACUUGAUUUUUACACACCAUACAAGUAUCAUUAACAGGUUUAUCUCCGUUUUUCAUGUCGCAUCUUAGCGUUUCAUUGCUAUUAUGCACUUGUAAUACAGUGAUAUCAAUUGGAUUGGAAAGAAUGACAUGAAUUUUUGCAUGAGAUUAGUUGUAGGUAUUUAUAAGAUAUUUCAAGAGACACACAUUGAGAUAAUUGAUAUCUUUCAAGAGUACCAGAUGAAGUUUUCUUUCUUUUUUGUCAUGAAUUCAAACAAAACCUAGAAUAAACAUAAACACUUCUUAUCUUUACAGAGAGCUUCUCUUUCAGAGGUAUUUGCUCAUCUUCUGUAGUGAAGUCAGUGUCUUGGAGAGGAAGGCUUUCUUUUCUUUUCUUUUGUUUUUGUGAUGCUACUUUCUGUGUGCUGUGAUUAUCUAUGCACUCAUAUCUCUGCUGUGUCAGCCUCGGUGAGAUUCCGGUGGAUUUUGGCAGUCUUGGAUUAUUAUAUUUUUGUAUCAAUGCAGUAUUAAAACGUAUUUAUUGGAUAUAUAUUCUUACAGAAAUAUUUUGUACUCAUUUAUCUGAGAGAGAAAAAAAAUCAGUGCUUCACUGUUUGAUUGUUGUGCAUCAGAUGUGACACAUUGCAGCCUGUUUUAUUUGAAUCAUCUUGAAGGGAAAGUUUACUUUGAUUCUGUUUGCCUGAUUUGAAGCAGAGUGAAGCUAACAAUGUGUCUGAAACUCAACCUAACCUAACGCCUUAUGUUUUAAUGCCAUGGCGGCAUUUUUUAUUUGUGCCUGUGGUACAGAAGGAAUCAUGUUUUUAUUAGAGUGCCUGCCACUACUUUUUGCUAAUUUAUGAAUAAAUCCAACACGUUCAUCAACUGAA